GAAAAUCAGAAUUGUGCUUGCUACAUUACGUGACAAUGUCUCCUUUUGUGUUAGUAUUCAGUGCUUGCUUGGUGGCGUGUGCGCAGGCGGCGCGGGUACCUCUGUUUCAGGCUGAAGAUGCGGCGGAACACUUCGAGCGCUUCAUCCAAGAACACGACAAACAAUACGCCAGCGAAGAGGAGAAGCAAGCCAAGUUUGAAGUCUUCAAAGACAACUUGGAAAAGGCUAACGCUAUGAACAAGCAAAGCGAACAUACUACAUUUGGUAUAACUCGUUUCAUGGAUCUCACCGUGGAAGAAUUUGUCAGCCUCCACACAGGAUUGAAGGCAGACUUCAAUCUCACUGGAUCAUGUAGCCCAGUGACUGAUGCGCAGCUCCCUUAUGUCAAUGUACCAGAGUCGUUUGACUGGCGGGAACAGAAUGCAGUUACUAGAGUCAAGAACCAGGGUUCGUGUGGGAGCUGCUAUGCAUUCAGUGCAGCUGGCGCCGUUGAGGGCCAAUAUGCCAUCAAAUAUGGUCAGUUGGCGGAAUUUUCCGAACAACAGACUGUAGAUUGUGACACAGCGUCCUACGGAUGUAGCGGUGGUCUAAUGGCCAAUGCAUUCAGUGCUAUGAUAUCCAUGGGCGGUUUGGAGUCAGAAAGCGACUACCCCUAUGACGGCCAGGCAAUGUCUUGCCGAUUCCAAGCUAGCAAGGCGGCUGUGAGGCUGACUGGCUGCAACAGCUACCAGCUCAGCUCACAAGAGAGGCUUAAGGAAAUAGUUGCCACCGUUGGACCGAUAUCCAUUGCUGUGCAAGCAAAAGGCUUCCAAUACUACAAGGGCGGUGUGAUGGAAGACAACCUUUGCAAUAUGGGCGAAGUUAACCAUGCUAUUCUUCUAGUGGGCUAUGGAACAGAAAAUGGAAAACCAUACUGGCUAGCCAAGAACUCAUGGGAUACCAAGUUUGGUGAAAAUGGCUACAUCAAGUUCCCUCGUGGGGACAAUUAUCACUCUUGUGGUGUAAUGAAUUCUGGAAUGGCGUCGCCUAUCAUCGCUUUAUCUAGUGGUUGGCAGAAGUAUCGAGCAGUCAUGUCUCCGAUUUUCGUCUGUUUUUUCGGGUUGGCCGUUUGGUCCGCAUAUACGUACGACAUCGAAGACGCUGAAUACCACUUCGAAGAAUUCAUUGAAAAGUUCGGAAAGGAAUACGAAAAUGAAAAUGAGAAACAAUACAGAUUCAAAAUUUUCGUUGAAAAUUUGAAGAAAGUUAACGAACUGAACAAAGAAUGCGAUCAUGGUGUCCAUGGUAUAACACAAUUCAUGGACAUGGAUGUGGAAGAGUUUACCGCAGCAUAUACAGGUGUUCGUCUGGACUUUGAAUCUGGCUGCGAUUAUGCACCUGAUGAUUACAUUCAGGGUAAUGAUGCGCCGGAGUCGUUCGACUGGCGUGAUCAUGGAGUAGUAUCAUCAGUUAAGGACCAGGCUGCUUGUGGCAGUUGCUACGCAUUCAGUGCAGUUGGUAACAUUGAAGGUCAGUACGCCAUGAAAUAUAAAGAAGUCGUCGACUUGUCUCCGCAACAAAUUGUAGACUGCGACUAUGAAAACAGCGGGUGCGGUGGAGGAUUAAUGAGCUAUGCCUUUCGGACUAUAAAGAAAGUAGGAGGUAUCGAAACUGAAGCCGACUAUCCAUACCAACAAAGCGAAUCGGAUUCUUGUCAGUUUGAUGUCAGUAAAGUUAAGGCAAAAUUGUCAGAUUGUGUUGCUUUCAACUUGACCUCUCAAGAGCAGCUGAAGCAACUGUUGUACAAAACUGGACCCAUCGCUAUCGCUAUCCAAGCCACGGGUUUGCAAACUUACACUGGUGGAAUCUUCCAUGAUGAAGAUUGUGACAAAGGUUACAUCAACCAUGGAGUGCUACUUGUGGGUUAUGGCGUAGAGAAAGAUCAACCAUUUUGGAUCGUCAAGAAUUCUUGGGGCGACAAGUGGGGUGAAAAGGGUUAUUUCAGAGUGGUCAGAGGUGACAACUUAAACUCUUGCAAGAUGCUGAACGAUGCGAUGUGUUCUGCUAUCGUCGCGUAAUGUCCACCAGAAAUGAUUUGUAUGUUUUAACAUAAUUAUUCAUGUUCACUUAUAAUACUUAUAAAUAAAAGAUAUUGCAAUUA